UUAUAAACCCUUACUAUUUUCCAAGUGUAACAUUAAGAUACUGCUUAGUGUCCGCUUUUCUAGACUUUUUCCCCCAAGUCAGCAGUCACCUGGCCAAGCGUUGGGAACUGGGUCUGCAGUUGCUUAGUUGUCAAGGUUUUCCCUCUAUAUUUUUUCCUCCACGAAAGUGUGUGUGUGAGUUGAAUGUUUUUUGAGCUCUUCUGCAAGCCGAACGAAAUAGUUUUCAAUGACAUUUGAGCCACGGCGUUUGGUCUCUCUGUGUGUGUGUGUGUUUGCUUGUGAGCCAGUCUACGGUCUUGGCCAAAUUAUAUAACUUCAGCAUGCCACAAAUACCUAUGCAAAUAGCUCUAUAUAACCCAAUACGUAUUUAUAGAUGUGCAUGCCUAAGUGUAAGUGUCUCUCUGUGUAUUCAUGUAAAUCUUGUGUAAAUAAUACAAUAGGCCACAGCAACAACAACAGCAACUACAACUACUACUACUACAAGAACAACAAGUCCAACGUAAAAGCAAAAAUGUAAAACCAUAAAUAGAGAAUCCCCACAACAAAAACUACUACUACUUCUACUACUAACUGCAGCAGCAACAACAAAGAGCCGCUGCGAGCAGUGGCAGAAAUCAUAGCAUACCGUCAGGCGCACGUUAACUUAACAUGGUUUGCAUACUGCACGGAUAUUACGAUGCACAGCCUAAAAUGCGUUUUAGCCUCUCACCACCGCCACAGAAAGCCAUUAGCAGUGCCCGCCUAACCUCGCCCACCAAAAACAGCCGCAGCACCACCAUCAACCCCAGCACCACCAUCGUACCCGGCAGCAACAAUAGAAGCCCCAUCAGCGGCAGCAGCAGCUUCACCACCAUGCUGACCCGCAAUGGCGGAGGUCACGGGACCAGCCCCACCGCCUCCGCCUCCGCCGCCUCCUCGGCCACACCCACCACCUCUGCGGAUGAUGAGGCCACCUCGGAUUACAACCAGUGGUUGCAUGCCAUGAAGCUGGUGGCCCGACUGCCCGGAGGCACUCCACCCGAGUUCCGACGCAAGCUGUGGCUCUCGCUGGCGGACAAGUACCUCAAGUCGAAGAACGUGGACUGGGCGCAGCAGCGGGAGAAGUGCUUCUGCGAGGAGUGGCGCGAGGACGACGAGGAGCUGGGCAUCCAAAUCGUCAAGGAUCUGCAUCGCACUGGCUCGAAUCUGUGCACCGGCCCCGCGGGCUCCAUUAACCAGGCCAAGUUGAAGCGCAUCCUGCUCGGCUAUGCCCGCUACAACCCCGAGGUGGGCUAUUGCCAGGGCUUCAACAUGCUGGGAGCCCUCAUUUUGCAGGUGAUGGACAAGGAGGAGGAGGAGUCCAUGAAGGUCAUGAUCUAUCUGGUGGAGGGCGUCCUGCCCACGGGCUAUUUCUACGGAUCGAUGGGCGGUCUGCAGGCGGACAUGGGUGUCUUUCGGGAGCUGAUGCAGACGCGACUGCCACGCCUGGCGAAGCACCUGCAGCGCCUCCAGGGACCCGUGGAGAACGCCUUCGAGCCGCCGCUGACCAACGUCUUCACCAUGCAGUGGUUCCUCACCAUGUUCUGCACCUGCCUGCCCAUGUCCUGCGUCCUGCGCGUCUGGGACCUCGUCCUCAUCGAGGGCAGCGACGUCCUCCUCCGCACCGCCCUCGUCCUCUGGAGUUUGCUGGAAGAACGUGUGCUUAGUGUCAGAUCUGCGGAUGAGUUCUAUGGCAAGAUGGGCUCCUAUUCCAGUGAGCUGCUCAAUGGUCAUCUGGUGGACUCUAACGGCUUAAUAGAGCGAGUGGUUAAACUAGGACCCAUAGCGGAUUUGCGACAGCUCAGAGAUAAGCACCUCUACAACAUAGCCCCACUGCGUCACAAACAGGGAUUGCAGCUCUACUAUGACGAGGAGGACACCCACUCGGAUGAGGAGCGCAUGGCGGUGGCCACCGUUUUUGGCUUGAAUUGGGGCAGACGUGGAUCUGUGGGUCCGGCGGCGGCGGCGGCGACGGCGGGCAAACAGCAGGUGGAGCAGAAGGACCGCUUGGCCCUGGACAUUUCCCUACUGAAGAAGCAGUACGAUCGACUGAGGGAACGCCAGAAGCAGGCCCAUGUCAUCCUAACCACAGCCUGCUCCACGGCAGCCAGGCAGGGAUCCAGUGGUCCAGCGAGUAGUGCCCAGUCGUCGGUGCCGGUAAACCAGUUGCUCCUCGGUCGCCCGGCCAUUGUGACCAACAAGGGCAAGCGGGUUGGUGCCCCCUUGGGGGCCAUUCCACCCGCUCGAAAGCCAUCCCUCCCAGCGGUUCUGCACACCAAGCCGGCUGCAGAGAAGCAGCUGCGACGUGGGGAGACCCUGCUCUGGCGGGACACCGACCCGAGUCGAAGGCGUCGGGACAGUCUGACCUGGAAGGAGAUCAAGGCAGAUCGGGCGGCCAUGGUGCGAGAGGGCGUUGAUGUGAGCUCUGUGAAGACCCAAAAGCUGCGCACCAGAUUAGGGAAGAGCGACAGCUCCUCCUACAGCGAGGAUAGCGAUGGAGAACAGGACGCUGGACCCGUUGAAGGAGGAGGAGGAGGAGGAUCCAGCACGGACACCAGCCUCUGCGACGAUGAUGAUCCCAAGUCCAUGGAGAAGAGUCCCAAGCACAAGGCGAAGCUGGCUCGCAAGCUCAGGGAGCAGAAGCAGCUGAGCAGUUCCAGGGACACAAGCUUGGAGCGACAGAGACCCAAGUCCUGGGCUCCCAGCAGCAAUGAGAUACCCUUCAUGCUCAUGGGCACGGAUAGUGGCGAUGAGAAGGAGCCGGUGGUUAGGGAGGAACCAGAAACGGAACUGGAAACGGGAGAUCCUGCAGAGGAUAGUGCCACUGAAAGCGGUCGUUUUGGCUUUGACAAGGAAUUUGAUACGGUCAGCUACAAGAUGGAGCCACUAAAAAUCCACAGUGAUCCGGAAUUCCCAGACCUAACUUCCACAAGUCCCUUACCCACGCCCAAGGAAAAAAGUGAAGCUGAAGAGGACCUGCUGGAGGAGCAAAAGCCCUUCGAUUUGAGCGAUAAUGGAGUGACCAAUCAGUAUUUCGAAAGGGUCAACAGCGUGGAGCGUCCCAAUCGCCUGGAGCUCUCCUACUCACUCAACGAGGAGGAGACGGAUACCAGUGCGAUUUACCUGGAGGAAAGGGAGAAGAUCGAGGGGCAUAGUGGCGAUAGGGAAUACCAGUCGCUGCCUCCAUUUUUUCCUAGAGAGGAAGAUGAUAGUAGUGUACAGGUUGCAGGCAAAGUGCCACAGAUUCGAGAUGACAACAUUCCUGGCGAAAAUAAGGAUGACUAUAAAGAGCUCCUAAACAUGACGAUAGAGGAAAAAGCUGGCUAUAAACCACCUCCACCCACAGCCAGUAGUUUGAGUAAUGCCAGCCGGAAAAGAAGGGAUCCGCGACGAAAAACGCUGACCCGCUCAUCGACCAUUGAGAUUGAGGAGCGAUAUCAGGCUCUCGAGCGAAGGAUCAGUCAGGAUCAGCCGAAUGGUGGGGAUAGGCAGUCCAAGUACAUCCCAAGCACAGCUGCUCUGGAGGAGCGGUUUAACACCCUCGAGAAACAACUAAGUGCCGAGAAGCAGCGGAAGGAGAUGGCCGAAAUGGAAGCUGACUUUCCCAAUAAAUCCGAGCGUAUUCCCUCCACCGCCGAUCUCGAAACGCGCUUCAAUUCCUUAACAAAACAAAUGAGUUCCAGCGAGUCUAGUUCCAAAGCUCCUAUUGAUCUUAGAGACGAAGAGUCGCCAAGUGGCAAUAGCUCUAAAGAGCAAAAGGAUAGUGAAAAAACCAGCAAGCUGCAUAAAUCCGAGGAGACUCAAUCUGAUUCUAAUGAAACUACAGGAAAAGCAGAAACCAGCGAUACCAAAGAAAAACCAAGCGAAGAAAAGGAGGCAGAAGAAAAGCCGCGCCUUAAAAAACUUCCAUCAACUGCUGAGUUGGAAGAUCGUUUUAAUGCCCUAGAACGCAAAAUGAGUGUACAGAAGAGCAGCCCAUCCAAAACUAAGAAGGAACCACCCGAUGAAGAAGAAACAAAGGCUACAAAAGAGCCACAAGAGUCUGAAAAGCUAAAGGAUAAGCCAACUACUCCUGCGAAGGAUCCCAAAGAUGGCGGAGAGAAAAAAUCCGAAACUAAGGAGGUUUCUAAAUCGCCAACAAAAAACCAAGACGAAAAAGUAAAAGCUGAAUCUCCAAAAUGUGAAGAAAAAUCUACAAAAGAAAGCCCAAAAUCAACAGAGGAGGCCCACAAAUCAGUAACUUCACCGGCUAGUAAAGAAAAGGUUUCGAAAUCGGAUUCAGAAAAUGCAGAAGCUCCUAAGAAAUCCGAUGCUAAACCUAAUGAACCCAAAAAGGCAGAAACUGGUCAGUCCCCCAAAAAAAGUGAUUCCAAAAAGGCAGAAACCAGUAAGACAACGGUUUCAGAAACUUCCGAGUCCGAUAAUAAGUCUUCUAAAGACAAAUCAACUGUUAAAGAUGAAGAAUCUGUAAAGACUCCUCGAAAAUCUCCACCCUCCACAGAGGAACUAGAAAAACGUUUCAAUGCCUUGGAGAAACAGAUGAGCACCACCAAUAUGGAAACAACUAAAGAGGGUGAGCAAUCAAAGUCAUUGGAUAAAAAUAAAACCUCAAAAGAAGAAGAAAAACCCCAAAAGUCUAUUAAAUCUUUCGACGAUAAGAUUAAAGAAGUUAAUAUCGCAAUAGAAAAAGAGCAGAAGAAAGUUGAGACGGAUGAUCAAGGUGAAAAGAUGGAUAAAAAAGUUGAAGAAAACAAAAAACUGGAAGAGCUGAAAAAAAAUGAAGAAUCCUCCGAGUCACCAGAAGAAAGUCUGCAAAAGGGCAAGAGCCAGAGAAGGGCUUCCGAACCGCCUUCUACGGAAGAUCUGGAGAAGCGUUACGAAACCCUGAAGCGCCGCAUGAGCAGUAAACAGCAUUUAGGCACUACAAGCGAAACAGUUGAUGAAGCUCUCGAGCGGAUCCAACAGGAGGUGAUCUCGGAGGCAGUGGAGGAGAAGAAGCCACCACCCUCGACGGAGGAUCUGGAGAGUCGUUUUGAGGCGCUACACGGGGGUGAGAAGAAGAAAGAGUCUACUGCAACAACCACCACCAAACCCAAACAUGUAGAUGUGGCCAUCGAGGCGCAUAUUCCAGAUCCACCACCACCGCCUCCACCUCCCAAAGAUCGUCCACCCAUCCUGGCCGAACCCGUUCUUCACCAGCAACAGGCUCUGAUCGAGGAGCUGCAGAGCAAGAUGCGAGGCCAAUCACCCGGCGAGGAGAACCUCAAGCCCAGCGAGAUCAACCCACAGAGGCAGCGGCAGAGGAAUCUCCUCCAGCGACCCACGCCCAUGGGCGAUGACACAUCGGAAGCACCUGCAAACACGGCUUACUACAGAGCGGCAAACCAAGAGCCAUGGCAGCAGCGCAUGGUGCGUCGGUUCUCUGAUUUACCCUCCCGGGCCGAUCUGGAGAACCGAUUGCAGUUCCUGGAGAGGCAACUCUACAAGAAGUUCUACAAGCAGCGCUGUGCAAGUGAUUCCGAAGUUGCAUCGAGGGUCAAACUACCGCCCGAUGACCAGCCCAGCACAUCCCGCCAAGCGAAGGUCCUGGAGGCCGAGGGUCAGCUGGAGCAGCGUGUCCUGGCGCUGGAGAAGCAGCUGAGCGAGAACAGUCUCAAGUUGCUGGAGGCGAUGAGGGAGCGCCAGAGGUCUGCGGCUCCCAGGAGCGAUGAUAGUGGCUCCCCAAGGUGCCUCAGCACGGAGACCAUUGACGCCACCGGCAAGGAGCUAGUUAGAUAUACCCAGAACAUUGGUGAACUUGAGGAACUGGACGCCCACAAGCCCAUCAACAUUAGCAUCAACAUCAAAAUGCUGGUCAAUAAGGAUGGUGACUCCAAGCAACCCAAAGGUGAGUCCAAGCCCACCACAGAGGAUCUCACUCGUCGCCUGGAGCAGUUAGAGCAGCAAUUAUUGGAGGAGAGGGCCAAGAAUGGUUCAAUCCCACCUGAAAAUGAAGUCCUAGAGGAGAAGCCACCAAAGCUAGAGGAAAGUGACGACUGUAAGAAGCAGGAGAAGAACUGCCAUAAUCAGCAUGUGAAAAGUGACGAAGCUGAGAAAUUGGAGGUUCCCCUUGAGGGAAAAAUCGAACCGGAAGCUGUCAAGGAAACCAAAACCAUGGAAAAUGAGGAGAAAGCUCAGGCUCGCGCCAAAGAGGUGGUUACAGAAAACCCUGUCAAAGGGGAGAAGGCACUGGUGGAUGAAAACCCAGCCAAGAAAACAGGUUUGGUAAAACAAAAAUCUUCUAUUCAAGAAAAACCAGUAGAAGAUACUAAAAAGAAAUCAGAAACCAAAGCUGAAGUCGCCCAGGAAACAUCCUCCCAAGUUAAACCUCUUUCAACUGAGAAGGAAGCAUCCUCAACUAAAGAUCCUAAACCUAAAGAGGCUCCGUCAGAAGAGAAGACCACCAAAAAGGAAACUGAAAAGCUUAAGAAGGAGGAAUCCGAAUCUAAGAAAGAUCUCCCCACAAACAAAACAGAAAAUUCGAAAUCGGAAAUUUUAAAAUCAAAGGAAAACACGUCAGCAGUGGUUACCACCAGCAAAGAAUCAACCAAAGAACUGCCAGAAAAAAAGGAAGCUUCCAAGGAACAUCCCGAUAAAAUGGUAAUCAAUGCCACCGAUGUGGGACCCAUGGAUCCCAACAGCAAGACAGUGGUACUCCUGAUGGACAACGAACCCAGAGCUUCGAAGGUUAGGAGAUUGACUAGAGCCAACACUGAAGAACUCGAGGAUCUUUUCCAGGCCCUGGAGAAACAGCUCAACGAUCGGAAUCUCAUCAAAUCCGAGGAUGGUCGCCUGAUACGAGUGGAAAGCAAGCCAAGUGCCGAGCAACAAGAGCAGACUCAGGCUAUUAGUGAUCUCACCAAGGAAAUCGAGGAUUUCACGAGCGCCGAACCUGAGGAGAAAGAGAAGCCCAAGGAGGUGGAGAAAGCGAAGAAAGCUGAGCCAGAAGAACCUGAGGAGGACUACGAUUGGGGACCCAACACUGUGAAACAUCAUCUGAAACGCAAAACCGUUUACCUGCCCUCCACCAAAGAGUUAGAAUCUCGCUUCCGCUCCCUGGAACGUCAAAUCAAACUGCUCGAGGAUGUGGAGAAGAUUGAUGUGGAGCAGCGAUUGGUUGAAAUUGAAAGGAAAAUCAAACUGCAGUACUCGCUUUCCCACGAAAAGGAUUUGAAUAAGUAUCUAGAGCUGUGCGAGGGUAAGGGUCUGGAUGAUGAGGAAACAUUGCCCUUGGAAACCCCCACGAAAGCUGAGGAAACUGGAACAGUCAGAGAUAGAUCCAGAAGUCCUGGUCGCAAGGUGGUCACCAAAUCUCCGUACACUUCCCCUUCCCGAAAAGCCGCUACUAAAUCUCCUUAUGUUUCUCCCACUCGAAAGAAUGCCACCAAGUCCCCAUAUGUGUCUCCUUCCCGAAAGGCUACCAAAUCACCCUAUACUUCCCCCUCCAGACUGCGCCAGAGAUCACCUUCUCCAACUAGAUCCCCCGAGAGGAAAUCUAAGAGAAGUCCCUACACUUCCCCAGCCCGUCGCAAGCCACAUCCCAACGAUCUCCCAAUCUCCGAUGAUCUGGAGUACAAGUAUCGGGUACUCGAUUUGGUAAGAUCUAAGUCCAAGGAGAACUUGGCCAAGCGAAUGCAUGAUCCCAAUAGAAAACCAGCUAUUCAUCCCCUGGAAAUGAUUCUAAGUCCCAGCCCGGAUGACAGUGCCAUACCCACAACGGGUGAGCUGGAGCACAGGAUACGAGUGCUGGAUGGGAAGCUCAAGUCGCCAGCGAAAACCCGAUCUAAACCUCGCUCACGAUCGCCUACCAUCGAGGACAUAAAACGUCAGAAGAUGCGGGAUGAGCAAAAGCCCAGGACACCUGUACACAAUCUAGAGAGAAUAGUCAGUUCUCCAGGUCGACCAGAACCACCCACUGCCGAGGAGCUCGAGGAGCGCAUUCGCAUUCUGGAGCAGGAACACAAGUUCGACUUCAAGACCCAGAAGGACUACAGGGCAUUUAAUCAAAAGCUCAAGGACGUCAUCUCCCCGUCGCUCUCCUUCGAGGAAUUCCGGGCAGCCAAGUCCCGGGAGCAGAGCCCCCGCCGCCAUGGAGCCACCACGCCCAAGUCUGCCCUCCGUCGUGACGAUUUCGAUGAGCCGUACUCCAGCAGUACCACCACCCACUACCGCCCCACCAGCCCCAAAGUCAUUCGGUUCCGGGACGAAGACGUCGACGAAGAUGAGGACCGAUUCGAGGAGGAAGCACCCAGGCCGAAGUCCCGACAGACCAGCGAUCGAAUGAAGACUCUUGCAGAUCAGCCAUCGGCCACUCGCAGCUACGCCAGCAGCUCGGAGGGUCUGGAUGCCUUGGGUAGUCGUCUAAUGAGGGAAACCUCCCCGAUUACCCGAACCGGAACCCACACGGGCGUACCGCUGCGAACGGGGGAGAACAUCAACGACCGCCUGAGUUCGAUCAAGAACUCCAUCAAAUCGAUCGACACGUUGUGCGAGGAGAAGCCCUACCAGAAGGAGAAGUGCCAGCGGUACAUCGACUCCCUUUUCUCGGACUCGCUGCACUUUGCCAGCAAGAAGAGUUCCCUGGAGGAUCUCAGCCUCAGCCGGAGCCUGAGUCGCAGCGAGAGCAGGGGAAGGAGCAUUCACCGAUCCGGGGACUAUGCUCCCUCGAUAAGGAUCACCUCGGAGCAUCGGUCUUUGGGUUCGGCGGAAUCCCGAAGGAGUCCGCUGGGCAAUAGGGAAACGAGUCCGUAUCGAUCCCAUAGGGAGGUGGGCAGGGAGCUGUCACCGCGUCGAAGGCGGCUGGAGGAGGAGGACGAGGAGCGUAAGGAUCGGGAGAGCAGUAGGGUAAGACGUGAUAACUUGUUGCCAAAUUAUUUUGCUGAUAAUCGUAGCGAACUAAGUAGCGGGAGUAGUUUAACCGGGUUUAACCACAAAGUAGAUAGACAACUAGAAGAGACGUGCGCCAAGUAUGCGGACGAUGCCAGACGCUCGGCCUGUCGCACACCGUUGAGCCACCCGUACGAGUCCCGCACCACAGCCACAGCCACACGCCACAGCCACAGUCACACCGAUCCUGUCCAGAUCCAAGCCAGCACAACCGGAUCAGCCAGUGCAAUCGAUAGUUUCCCCCGGCCCGUGUCGCCCUACCGCCAGCCCUACGAUCCCUAUCAUCGGUCUCCCGGUGGAGGCACACCCCUUUACCAGCCCGGCAAGCUGGAGAUCCGGCACACCACCGUCACCUCGACCUUCUACGAUCGGUUCCUCACCGAGAAGCAGAUCGAGCGGCAGACCCACUCCCGUCCGCCCAGCCGAUCGCCAGUGGUUUCACCCUCGGUGCCGGCCAAGAGCUACGGGGAUUUGUGCAGCACCACUUCAGCCAUAUCCAGCACCACCUCCACCACUGCUUCUACCACCACCACCUCCUCCUCAUUCAUGUCCAGCAGCUAUGCUGGUGCCUCCUUUUCGCUGCCCACCAGCAGCAACUACUCCUAUUUGAACCCGACUCCGGGUGUCUCCGCCACUUCGCCCAGGGCCAGUUGCUCAGAUCUUCGCUCCACCACCACCGCCGCAUCCUUAACCACCACCACCAUCGCCACCACAUCUUCUUCUUAUGUGCCCUACAAUUUCAGCAGCUCCUUCACCUCUCGCCUGAGCGAACCCAUUACCACUUGCUCGUCGAGUGCUGUGAGCACUAGUUCCCUCACCCAUUCCACGGGUGUAUACAAUCCCAUGAUGUCGUUCACUCUGAGGGAACCACUUGCCAGCAGUUCCCUGGGUGCUUCAAGUGCCUCCCCAUUGCUACCGUUUCAGUUUAACAGAACCUUUACUUCCAACUUCGACAAGGAGCAGAACAAACAGUAGAGGAAGUCACAUCAAUCGUUAACCGAAGGUUGUCCAUUAACAUUAAAAGCCCUUGAAAACUUUUUCCCAAUAACAAAUCGAUACAAAUCAAGCUCAAAACUUAUUAUACUGAGAAAAAAAUCAGUCUAAGAACAAUACUAGUUUAAAAAUAUGUUUCAUAAACAAAAUUAAAGUCUAUUACUAGAAUUUAAACUGCAAAAGAGAAGUUUAGUUUAUAAAGCUUGUGUUCUAUGUAUAAUUCUAAAAAUCUCAAAGAUCUUAAGUUUAGAGAUACUUAAUAAUCUGAAAUUAUUCAGAACUUAAAAAUUAACUAAAAACAAUUCUUAGCAUUAAAUGUUUAAUGUUGAUACUUCUUUGAUUCUAAAAAUACUUUUCUUAUUUUAGAUCGGUUUUUAUCUCAGUAAAACUUAACUCUCGCUAAGCAAUAUAAGUAUAGUAAAUAUUAUAAACAGUUAUAGGCAAACACAACUACAUAUUCUCUAUAAAUAUAUACAAUCCUUGCAAAAUCGGAUAUUUACUCUUCAAGCAACUCUUGCACCAAACCAUUUUGGCUUAUUGCAACUUACCUCAUCUACAUUGACAGCACCAGCAACUCAACUGAUCAUAACUUAGCAAAGAUUUUUAUACAAUAUAUAUCUACGCAUAUACAAGGAGUAUAGCUAUCGAAACUGUAACCAGGAAGAGGGCGAAAUGUUAUUACAUCUUUUUCAGCGUUAACCAAAGUUUAGCUCUAAUUCCCUUAACCAGAACACUCAAUUAAGCUUAAACUUUUCCUUAAAAUUAACCAAUCAAUUUACACUAACCCAGAUUAAUACACACUCUUCAAAAACGGUGUUAAACUCUAAAGUGCAUUUUUGGGCCGAGUUAGUCGAGGAAGCUAAAUACAAUGAUUAAUCAAAUUACGUUAACUGACUGACACGAGCCGUAAAAUUAGUUUGCCAACAUUGUUAAAUAUACACGCAGCCAUAUAUAUGUACCUAUACCAAUUGAACGAUAUAUAUUGUAUUUAAUUACAUACCGAUUGCAGUUGUUGAAUUUCAAUUUUGCAAAGGACACGAUUACGAUUAUGAAUAAGCAAGUAAAAGUAAACCCGAAUGCAAAUGGCUAUAGAAACAAUUAUCACUCGCGGCAGAGAAGCCGAAAGUUAAUCAAAACGAUUAGGAAAAUUUUAUGACAAGUAUAUCGAUUUGAAAUCGGCAAGAUCCCAAGACAUAUACCAAUUGCAAUUGUUAAGUAGGCAAGAGACGACAACGGCUUCAGUUUAUACGCAUAAAUUUAAUAUUGUCUAAUGUUCUCUUGAAUUUUGUUCUCCAAUUAUGUUUGCGAUUCUUUUCUUGUUAUUGAGACACGUUUGUAAACCAUUUCUGUUACUGUUUAAAGUUUUUCUGAGAAAACCACAAGCUAACGAAUUGGUAAAUAAUAGUGAAAAUAUUUUUAUUACAAAUUGUUGAAGAGUUUUAAGUUUUGAAAUAAAAUGAAAAU